AUGAAACAACAUAUUGCCCAAAGGAAAGGUGAGAUUGCAAUUUGUCGUAAAGUACCUCAUGAUGUAAGGUUCAAAAUUGAGCAAUCGUUGAAUGAAAUCAAUGACAAAAAAAAAAGUGAAAAGCAACCAAUGAAUUUUGUUGACACUAGAGCACAAUGUGGAAGGAAUGAUAAUGAUGAUAUUGAGAUUAGAGAAAUAGAUCCACCUAGUGCACAUGAUACCUAUCAAGGGAAAAACCCAACUACAUCAUCGGGAAAGGGGAAAGCAUCUUCAGUGCUAAUAACUAGCCAUUUUGCUCCACGGACCACUCCAGGUGCACAACCUGGAAUUAAGAGUGUAUUGGCAUCUAAGGGAGCAAUUAAUCACGUGGACCAUGUUGUUAUGAAGUGGUUGUGUGAUGUUUGUAUUCCCUUGAAUGCUUUGCGUUCAAGAUAUUUUCAGCCUAUGUUGGAUGCCCUUGCUACUAUUGGUCCAGGGUACAAAGCUCCUUCAUAUCAUAAUUGUAGGACCAAUUCGUUGAAAUAUUUAAUUCAUGGGGAGCAAAUGUCAGUUGAUAAACUCCAUAAUGAUUGGGCUACAUAUGGUUGUACUAUAAUGGCUGACGGUUGGACAGAUACACGUAGCCGAACAUUGAUUAAUUUUUUAGUGUAUUGUCCUACAGGAACUACAUUUGUGAAGUCUGUAGAUACUUCUGAAACAUUCAAGAGUGCAAAGAAUUUAUUUCUUUUGUUUAAGGAAGUCAUUGAUUGGAUAAAAGUAGAAAAUGUUGUUCAGGUGGUCACUGACAAUGCUGCAAAUUAUGUAGCUGUUGGAAGCAGAAUUUCCAUGGAUAUAUUGGUCACCUUGUGCAUCACAUUGUCUAAACUUGAUGUUAAAAGAAAUUGGAGAAAUGGAUUAUGUUGCAAAUGUGGUUCAACAUGCAUUUAG